CGCGCGAAAGAUGGCGGCGCCGGCGGAGGUGGAGGCGGCCGCUGGGCCAACAGAGGCGGAUGAGACGGUGGAGCUGAGCCGCGUGUUGGGACGCCUGCUACCGGGGCUGGAGGCAGACAGCAAGAUGGGGCGGCGGCGUGCGCUGGAGGCCCUGCAGCGCGCGCUGGAGGAGGUGGUGCCGCCCGGGGCCGACCCUACCGCUUUCCAGGGCCCUUGGGCGCGCCUGCUGCUACCGCGCCUGCUGCGCCUCCUGGCCGACCCGGCCGAGGGUUGCCGCGCGCUAGCAGUGCACCUGCUGGACCUGGGUCUGCGCCGCGCCGCGCGGCCCUGCGACGCCCUGCCGCGCUUGCUGCCUGCGCUUGCCGCGCGCCUGGCCCGACCGGAACCCGCGCGGCCACCGCCAGAGCCCUGCGAGGAAUUGCGCCUGGCGCUCGUGCAGCUACUCGGCCUGGCUGUGCGCCUAGGCGGCGCCGCGCUCGCUCCCCACCUGGACGACGCUGUGCGCGCGCUGCGGAGCGCACUGCUUGACCCCUUCUCCGCGGUGCGCCGUGAAAGCUGCGAGUGCGCCUCCGCCCUGGCGCGUGCCACGCCGGAACACUUUCACAUGCAGUCGGAGUCCCUGAUUGGCCCCCUGAUGCAGACCAUCUCCCAUCAGCACUGGAAGGUCCGGGUGGCUGUCAUUGAAGCUACAGGCACGGUGAUCCAGUUUGGUAACGGGAAGUCUGUAGACGACGUGCUUUCUCACUUUGCUCAGCGGCUCUUUGAUGAUGUCCCUCAGGUCCGGCAGGCAGUGACCUCUGUGGUAGGGGGCUGGCUCCUGAACCUGCGGGACCGCUACUCUUUUUUCCACAAGCUCAUCCCUUUGUUGCUGAGUAGCUUCAAUGACGAGAUACCUGAAAUCAGGCAGUUGGCCACCAGCCUCUGGGAGAAAAUCGGUCUGCAAUGGCAAGAGGAGAAUGAGGCGGAUCUGAAGGACAAGCUAGACUUUGCCUUGGCACCCCCACCCCACUACCCGCUACAAGAGAGCCGCCCUGGGCUGGGUUGUCGGGAGCUGGUCUUCAGGAACCUCUCCAAGGUCCUUCCUGCCAUCUGUCGUGACAUCACUGACUGGGUGGUGGGGACCAGGGUGAAGUCUGCACAGCUUCUGCCAGUACUGCUGCUGCAUGCAGAGGACCACACCACCCAGCACUUGGAAAUCAUCCUCAGAACCCUGCAGCUGGCCUGUGCUGAUGAGGAGAAGGCCGUGGUCAGCAGUUGCAUGAGGUCCGCAGAACUGAUCGGGACAUUCGUCAGCCCGGAAGUGUUUCUGAAGCUGAUCCUGUCGAUGCUGAAGAAGGCACCUUCCUCUGCCAGCCUCUUGGUCCUUUCUUCAGUCAUUCGAGGCUGCCCAUGUGACGCCCUCCAGCCACACCUCAAGGUCAUCGCCACAGAGCUAACCCAGGCACACGUUUGCCAGGCAUCUGAAAACGGCCUCUACCUGGAGCACCUGCUGCUGUGUGUGCAGGCACUGGUGUCCACAUGUCAGGAGGGCUGCAGUGUAGCCAGCCUACAGCUCAUGGAGGUGCUGGUGACCAUAAUGGCUGUCUCAGGUGCCACAGGCCUUGGAGAUAAGGCUCAGGAGACCAUGAAUGCAUUGGCUGCGGUGGAGAAUGUCCCCAGCAGCCAGGACCUCUAUCGCAAACACAUGGGCCCCCUCCUAGAGCGACUGACGGCUUCUCACAGUGACUGGACGGUGCAUUCCAUAGAGCUGCUGCAGUUCAGUGUGAUCGUCACCCAUUCAGGCCCUGCCGUUGGAGAAUCGCUGCAGCACGUGGUUCCCACCCUCCGGGCCUGUCUGCAGCCUGCCAAAGACCCACACAUGCGCCUGAAGCUCUUCUCUGUCCUCUCCUCGGUGCUGCUAAGGCCUAAGGACACCAUUGACUCACAGGGGCAGUUUCCCAGCUACCUGGAGAUGGUGCUGAAGGACAUCCUGGCUCCCAAUCUGCAGUGGAGAGCAGGGAGGACGGCUGCAGCCAUUCGCACGGCUGCUGUGUCCUGUCUGUGGGCACUCACCAGCAGCGACAUCCUGUCGGCCACACAGAUGCAGGAAGUGCAGGAAGCACUGAUGCCACAGGUGCUGGCCACCCUGGAGGAGGACGUCCAGACCACCCGGCUUAUUUCCUGCCGUGUCCUGAACACAUUUUUAAAGACAACUGGUGACACGAUGGAUCCAGAUAAGCUCAUCAAGAUUUAUCCAGAGCUCUUGAAGCGCCUGGAUGACGUGUCCACCGAAGUGAGACUGACAGCGGCCUCUACCUUGCUCACCUGGCUGCAGUGCGUCCAGAGCACCGAGGGGAGGGCGUACUAUCAGAGCAGCAUUCAGUACCUGUACAGGGAGCUCCUCGUGCACCUCGACGACCCCGAGCGCGCCAUCCAGGACGCAGUCUUAGAGGUUCUCAAAGAGGGCAGCAUCCUGUUUCCAGAUCUCCUGGUGCGUGAGACUGAGGCCGUCAUCCACAAGCACCGCUCGGCCACCUACUGUGAGCAGCUCCUGCAGCACAUGCAGGCUGCUUCGGCUGCUCAGUGACCACAGGCUGCGGGGCCAGCACCAUGACUCAGCCUCAGCCAUGACACCUGAUCCGCAGCUCAGGAUGCCCACAGCAAGAAGAGGGCACCAAGAUACACCCUGCUGUUCAUCCCCCCCAGACAGUGCUCUGGGCCCACUUUGAGUAACAUGCUGGUGGUUCUGUAUUUUUGUUUUAUUCAGGGGUCCCCAAAAGUCCCAUCUGAGUUAAAGUUAAAGUUGAAUGCCAACUACCACAUAGGCAAGCAAGUUAGCAGACGCUUAACUUUCCUCAUGUGCAUCCCUGGGUCCUGUCCUGUUUAAAUGCCCACCAAUAACGUUCUUAACUAUUCAAGAACAAAGAAAAAAAAGCCAAAGUGAUUAAAAAGGAAAUUUCAUCAUUCUUUGGGUUCUAUCUCAGCCUGAAAGCAGUUUGAAAUCUUACCUGUUAUCAGUGGACGUUUUCCCAUUUUAAAUGUACUGGAACUUGCUCCUGUAGGUGCCCGGCCACAGGUUUUCAUCAGUGACGCUGACCACGUUGAGAGCAGCUCCUCGGGCCUCAGCUGGCUGCUUUGAGUAGCAGUGAAGAUUGUAUUUUAUUCUUCAGCACUUUCUACACCCAAGUGCCUAAAUGAUUUUAAUUGGGUGUUAUUACCGUGAACCAGUGUUUAUGUUAACAUGGGGAAAGGCUGUGUAUAUUUUCCAACAAUCAAAUAUUAACAUUUAUGCUUUAGUGUUUGAAAUUUUAAUUAAAUUAUUUAUUGUAGUUC